UGCUCACACACUCACACACUCACACACUCCUCGGAGUCCUGGGGCGAACACGCUGCCUGCACACUCAUCUCCUCACACACCACACACACACACGCAGCAUCUUCUUCCCUCAAAACCUGAAGGACCAGCUCCUCCGGAUCCUCAGGCUGUCACACCGAGGUCAGCAGGUCUGUUACCGUCGCUUGUCUCUCGUGGGAGACGAGCACAGGAGCCAUGGCGCACUGCAAUUUGCGAUCAGCAUCCUCGUCUUCUCACUCGGAUGUCAACCUGGGACCUUCAGCGAACCCACACGCCAGACCAACUGACUUUGACUUCCUGGCUGUCAUUGGAAAAGGGACCUUUGGAAAGGUGCUGCUCGCCAAGCUCAAAGCGGACAGCAAAUUCUACGCCGUCAAAGUGCUGCAGAAGAAAGUCAUCCUCAAGAAGAAGGAGCAAAAGAACAUCAUGGCGGAGAGAAAUGUGCUGCUGAAGAGUCUGAAACAUCCUUUUCUGGUUCGACUGCACUACUCUUUUCAGACUCCAGAGAAACUCUACUUUGUCCUGGACUAUGUAAAUGGGGGAGAGCUGUUCUUCCACCUGCAGAGGGAGAGGUGCUUCUCGGAGCCCAGAGCCAGGUUUUACGCAGCAGAGGUCGCGAGCGCCAUCGGCUACCUUCACUCCCUCAACAUCGUUUAUAGAGAUCUGAAGCCGGAGAAUAUUCUGUUAGACUCGGAGGGUCAUGUGGUGCUGACAGACUUCGGGCUCUGCAAAGAGGGAGUAGAACCAGAGGGAACCACCUCCACGUUCUGUGGUACUCCUGAAUAUUUAGCCCCAGAGGUGCUUCGUAAGGAGCCGUACGACCGCACAGUGGACUGGUGGUGUCUGGGAGCCGUGCUUUAUGAGAUGAUCUACAGUCUGCCGCCUUUCUACAGCCGGGAUGUCGGUGAAAUGUACGACGGGAUCCUUCACAAGCCGCUGCCGAUGCCUCCAGGAAAGUCUGACGCUGUCUGCUCUCUGCUGGUCGGCCUUCUCCAGAAAGACCAGCACAGGCGCCUCGGGGCCAUCGCUGACUUUUUGGAAAUAAAGAACCACGUCUUUUUCUCUCCAAUUAACUGGGACGACCUUUACCACAAGAGAAUCACUCCUCCUUACAACCCCAACGUGAAAGGCCCAGCCGACACUCAGCAUAUUGAUCCAGAGUUCACCAGAGAAGUGGUUCCCAGCUCGGUGAGCCGGACCCCGGAGCUCAACGCCAGCACCAGCUCCAGCAACGCCUUCAACGGCUUUUCUUUUGUGGCCACUGAGGACAGCUUUCUGUGAGACACGAAGACGCUGAAGUGACUGUUUAUUCGAGGAGAUCACUCCUCUCAGAUAAGAUCACCAAAAGACAAGUUCCUCUUGGGAUAUUGCAGAAAUCCCAAGUGGCAUCUGCACAGAGUCUCAAAACAUCAAUCUGCAACAGAAAGACGGCGUGUCUGACAUGGAGAGCUUUGUUUAAAAUUGUUAAAAUAUGUGAAGCUUUUAUUUUCUUGCUUGGAAGUCCCAUAGGUGCUCUUAAAGCAAUUACUGUAUGUACAGGUGAGUAAAUACAUUUAAGAUGUUGCAUAAAUGCUCUUGAGUUCUUUUAUUGGUGGAUGAGGUCCGGAUGGAUUUACAAAAGAGAGAAUCUGUUCUUAAAGGAAGAAAAACACGUCUUUCAUUUUCAUACAUCCGAGUUAUAUUUGCAUGGCAGGCCCAUUUUUAAAGACAGAUUUCUUCAGUCAAGUGGAAAUAUUCUCGUGUUUCUUUUGGCUUUUUAACCUCAAUACAUGCGACUCUCAGCCCUUGACUGAGACGACCGACAGCCUGUAUCAGGUUUCCCUUUAACCAGAUUCAGCUGGGAAACAGUUGCAUUGUGGGAAGCAACAUGAAUCUCCUGCCCAAGUUAACCUAUUUUACCUAUGUUAAAAAAAAGAUAUUACUGACAUUUCAGUGCAUGUCUGUUUAACACCCAUGAGGCAACAUCUAACACUUAAAAACAUUUCUAAAGAACCAGAAGGAAACAUUUUUUUUGGGAAAAGCUGUUAAAAUGAUUUGCAGCAACACUGCAGUGGUUUUGUAUAAGGUAUAAUACAUUUGUCAAUCAAAAACAUGAAAAACAUUUGUAAACUUGACUGCAUUGUGCAGAAGAUGGUGUAUUUUAGAUUUCUCUCCAUCAUGGAGGAAAGUGUUUUCGUCUGAAGAAUAUUUUAGUUUGAAGAUAACAGAUUACAUUCUGCUGAUGUAAAAUGUUGACAGAAUUCAUGUGACUGUGAAAAUGCUGCAACCUCUGUAAAUAUCCUGCAGCUGCUUGGCAGGAUGAUCAUGUACUGUUAGAAACCAUGAAGCUUCUUUCUGCCUCGGGGAUGAAGUUAGCGAUGUUCUUCUUGUUGGAGUUUUAUUAGCGACACAAUAACUGGAAAAUGUAAAUAAAUGUUUUGUUGUAUUUUUAUCUGACAAAUACAGUCUUGUUUGUGAAUUUAACACCAAAUAUGCUCCCAUGUAUUAAAGUGAAUGAACGCAUCUUGAUGGUUUUGUGCAGCGUCACUCAAAGUUUUCUUACAUGCUAAAUAGUGUAAAAUACUGUCGUGGGGAAAUACUUAUGUAUUAUUUAGGACAACAACUAGAUUACUCCUAUUAAAUGGGGUAAAACGUACAUUUAAAGUCCUGCCACUGUUUUACAUUGAUAUUUUAUUUCACGUGGCUUUCAAAGUUUUGCCUCUUUCUCCUGGUUGAAAGCUGCAAUGGAAGUAAGACUUGACAGGCCUUAACUUGGCCUUUGUCUUCCUUGUCCACUUGCCUUUGAACAAUGUAACACUGCGUGCCAGCUGGUUAUUCCCUGACUGAUUCUGUAAACAGAGGCUCACGUCAUUGCCUUGGGGUCACGCUGCCAGCAGCGGCCUCAGCAGCAUCACCACGGACCGAUGUCAACCGUAGCAAAGAGCCGCAUUUACAGUAUGUGUGUUUGUGUACAUAGAAAAACCUGUUCACAAGUCUAACCGCUGUCAAAACAUUUACAUGUUCUUUCUGAUGAACCAUUAAACCGAAGCGAGCACGUCUGUUGUUGUUAACUCGGAGCACUGAGCAGCUUGGACAAGUCGACCGUUCAAAGGAAUCCCGGUAUUGUUAAACUUCACAGGAGGAGAUCACUCCUGGUCCUGGAGGACCACAAACAGAAACAGAAAGAACUUUGAAAAUGUGUAGAAUUAUCCCGAUCUCUCAUAUAUUCCACCUUAAAUAAAUUACUAGAAAAUAAUAAGCUGCUCUUGCCUAAACAUGCAGACCUGGACACACAGCAGCGUUCUGUUCUUAGCUCUGCUUUUUCAUGAAGAUUGUAUAAAAGGAAAAAAAAACACGAUUAACAUAAGUUUCACCGCAUCACGAGUCACAACACCAUCUCAAC